AUGAAGUGGAAUUGCAAUGGUAGUUCGAUCACCACCUCCAUAAGUCUGACAGCGGGACUACUACUACUACUACUUUUACAAAAACCAACUGUGGUUCAAGGUCGUGCGGCUCCACCAGCGGAAGUGGACAAACCAUUCCUAACGGAGCCCUGUCUUGCCGUGGUGGAAGAAUUUGAUUACGAACCAAAUCUGGACAUUUCCAAUAGUCAAGACGAUGCCAGUGGUGUUGCGAGUGAAGACGAAUCCUUGCUGUACUGCGAAACUCCAGGAGGGUACUUUUACAAGGUUCCCACCUCGGAUCCAUCAUGGGUCGAAACCAUGGUGCAAGGAGGCCAAUUGAUUAGUGGGGUGACGGAAUUGGAAUUGCCUCCAGAUACCUUGGUCAAUGAACAUUUGGGGACCUUGGAAUGGAAAAACAACAACGAUCAUGACAACAACAGUACUAAUACUAGUAGUAGCAGCGAUACCAUGGUGGUAAUGACACCUGGGCUGGUGGACCAUGGCAGCACCAAUGAAAGACGAACUCGACGACGACGAUUGGCUGAAGUGACUGGAACCAAGACGGUCUUGACGGUGCGAAUCAUUGCCACGGACCAACAAAAUACCUUUGAUGAAGCCACCCUCCGACAGGAAGUAUUUGGUACCGACAAUACCAAUCUCAAGACUCAAUUUGACAAGUGCUCCUUUGGUCAAUUGACCUUUGUUGCGACCGAUGACCGCAGUGGUCAGACCGUGUCAAUUGUGGGCGGUGUCGUCACGGUGACGGUGGAUCAUUCGACUGUCGAAGGGGAUUCCGUCUUGAGGAAUGCCGUAACGACCAAGCUCAAGCAAGAAUUUGGAGUAUCGAGUCCCUCUGAUUUGGCAGAUCAUGUCAUGUACUGCAUGCCAUCGAGGGCGAUGGUGGGCAUUGCCUAUGCCUACAUUAAUUCGUGGCUAUCUGUCUACAAGGAUGUAUGGGGGCUCUACGUGUCUGCUCAAAUGCACGAAAUAGGGCACAACUUGAAUCUUGCUCAUUCCACUGACCUCAAAUUCCUAUCCCAUGAUAGGGCACGAAGUGAAUAUGAUGAUAAAACGGGCUUGAUGGGCUACUCGUACAAUGACAAGGAGUUUCCGAAAAUGUGUUUUAAUCCUGCCAAGUCUUGGCAACUGAAAUGGUACGCGAAUAAGCAAGCAACCUACACACCAACCUGUGGAGAGGUCACUAUGAAGAUUGGGAGCAUUAUUGACUAUGACGAAAGCCAAGUGACGACCGUCUUGCUGCAAAUCAGCCAGACCACUGAAAGUUUGGACUAUUACUUGAGCUACAAUGCACGGGCUUUAUUCAAUCACGAGACACAAGAGGGAGGGAACAAGGUUGUCAUUGACGCACAAGGAGGCAAUGGGGACAGUUUUUCAAAGUCGACAUUGGAGGCUAGGCUCGAAGUUGGUGAAUCAUUUGAAAUGAUAGAUUUCAACGGUGUUGCUGGUGACACUGUCGUUUUGCGCUUUUUGGAACGAGGAGGAUUCAAUAGUCGUGAGGCGACGAUAAGCAUUGGUUGGAUUCCCAAAGAGUCGUCUAUUUGUGCAACUGAUGCUCCAACCAACGCACCUUUUCCCCGAAUGACAAUGGGUCCAACUCGAUUACCAACUCGAUCGCCGACCCGAAUUCCAUCGGCUUGGCCCACACGUGGACCUUCUGCAUCUCCGACCAUGAGGCCAACAACAUUUCCAACGUCUCGCCCGUCAGCACAACCUACCCGAAUGCCGUCGAUAAAGCCGACGUCCAGGCCAUCUAUCACCGCCUCAAACUCACCUACUACGAAACCGUCCAUUUUAGCAUCCGAUACUCCCACGGCAGAUCCCACUAUGGGCCCAACUACUCUCUCCCCUACAUCACGGCCUACAAUGGAAGCAACUGAAAAGCCAACACGUCUCCCCAGUGAGAUUCCAACACCGAAUCCGACUUUCACGCCAUCGACGGGUCCAUCGGUCAGUCCAACAUCGAAUCCGUCAAUCGGUCCAACAUUCGGUCCAACAUUCAAUCCAACCAUCCUCCCGACGACAAAGCCCACUUUCAAUCCUAGUUUGAUUCCAACACCCAUUCCUUCGUUGUCAUUGUCGGACAAUCCCAGUAUUCAUCCCAGCAGAGUUCCAUCUUCAAUUCCAACCAAGAGUCCCACUUUGUUGCCAACGAUGGUCCCAUCGGAAGAUCCAACGACAAACCUGACGGAUAUGCCGACAAAAAUGCCAACCAAUAAUCCGACGUUGGCGCCAACUAUCAUGCCAUCAAACAGUCGCAGUCAAAGUCCGACUUCCGAACCAACAGAGGACGUCUCAAAUGUGCCGACAACGAUACCGACGACAUCACCAACUGAUGCACCCACUACAAAGGUGACGGUACCCCCUUCCGAUAAUCCUACCGAAGAUCCAACAUUAAAACCAACGCCGAUGGAAUCUGAUGCUCCCACAAAGGAACCAACACCGCAGCCAACCAUUUUACCGUCAGGAAUUCCAACCCUCCAACCGACUAUCGCUCCAUCUGACAAUCCCACCAAGGAUCCAACUGUCACACCGACAGCAAUGCCAUCCAGACAGCCAACUUUGUUGCCGACUGCGGCCCCGUCGGAUUUCCCAACACCAUUUCCAACACCAAGGCCUUCAUCAUCCAUGCCAUCGCGAGAGCCGACGAAUAGUCCGUCUUUUCUGCCAUCUGACAAUCCCACCAAGGAUCCAACUGUCACACCGACAGCAAUGCCAUCCAGACAGCCAACUCUGUUGCCGACUGCGGCCCCGUCGGAUUUCCCAACGCCAUUUCCAACACCAAGGCCUACAUCAUCCAUGCCAUCGCGAGAGCCGACGAAUAGUCCGUCUUUUCUGCCAACGUCAAAGCCCAGCUUGAAUCCAUCACUUGGGCCAACCGCUUCACCCACCCUAUCUCCGUCUAUCAAUCCUACGUUCAAGCCGUCCAUGAUACCAACAGCACAGCCACAAGCUCUAGUGAUUACAAACCCCGAUUGUCGAAGAUGGUAUUGGUUCAUGAUUGUUGAGUGCAAAAAGAAUCAAGGCAUUCGACCCCAAGGCAUCUAG